AUGACUGUCAUUUCACAGUCACUCAAAUCAGAACUGGAAUGCCACAAAAACAACUCCCUGUUCGCCCAGAGAAAAAAAAGAAAGAAAGUAAAGGGGAAAUUCAGAUUAGUCACAGAGAAGUUCCCCCGCCUGCCUGCAGAAGCUGCGGUGUUAAAACUGAGAGAGUGCGUUGUGCCCUCUCAAUCGCCUCUUCUCUCGGGCCCUGGGACCUCUGUGCGUUUUCUCCCUGAUAAGCUUUGUCCCUUCAUCUCCUUCCUUGUGGAGAAGAGGUGUCUCCCUCAGGCUCCCCUUUGCCACAGUUUUCCUCUUCCUCGCAUCCAAGCCGUGAAGAUGGAAGGGGUCCAGCCCCUGGACGAGAAUGUGCGAAACGCACCAGGGCGAAGACUCCAGAAGAACAAGCUACUGCUGGUGGCGGCUGUGAUCCAGGGGCUGGGGCUGCUCCUGUGUUUCACCUACAUCUGCCUGCACUUCUACGCUUCCCAGGUGCCACCUCAGUAUCCUCCAAUUCAAAGUAUCAGAGUACAAUUUACCAGGUGUGAGAAUGAGAAAGGUUGCAUCAUCACAUCCCCAAACAACGAAGAAACCAUGAAGGUGCAAGAUAAUUCGAUCAUUAUCAACUGCGACGGGUUUUACCUCAUCUCCCUGAAGGGCUACUUCUCCGAGGAGCUCAGCCUCAGCCUUUAUUACCGGAAGGGUCGGAAACCUCUGUUCUCUCUGAGCAAGGUCACAUCUGUUGACUCCAUUGGAGUGGCUUACCUGGCUUUCAAGGACAAAGUCUACUUUAACGUGACCACUCACAGUACCUCCUACAAAGACAUUCAGGUGAAUGGUGGGGAAUUGAUUCUCAUUCAUCAAAAUCCUGGUGGAUUCUGUGCCUACUGAGGACCCAAGGGCUGCUCCUGAGCCGGACACCAGCACGAACAACGAACUGGGGUUGGACAGGACUUUGAUUCUUCCUUGGGAGUGAAGUCCUAGCUUAGCCCCUAUAUAUGGCCACACGGGAUGUGACCAGAAUCAAAUCCUCCAACUCAGGGAUAUUUAAAACUUAUUUUUAUGUACCAAUUAACUUUAUUUAUCCUUAUGUCUUCUAAAUCACCUACCCCUCAUCCCUUAUGGUUGCUUCAAGCCUACUAGGUGCCUCUACAAGAGUGAAAAAAUAGGUGCCUCUUCCUCAAGGCACAUUAUAUCUACUGGUCAGGAAACUGUCAUAAUAAACUUUCUUUAUUGAAAAAGACACUUGAUUACCAUUUGCUGGAAAUUUGACACUGGCUUUGUGAAAAUGAAGAGGACCCAGGAAGGGGCUCUGAAUUGGCCAAAGGUGGUGUGGACUAACGGUUGGCAGCCAAAACGAUCUCUCCAAGAUGAAAUUAGUUGCGGUUUGUGUAGUGUCUAAUACCUCUCCCAUUUGUUGGAGUUCAAAUGGAAAAUCAUCUUGAGAACAGCUGGCAGGACUUGAAGACAACCAGCUGAGAAAUACUCUGCUCUGGGCUUUUUCUUUUUUCCUCGCCACUUUGCUUGCUUUCUCUGC